CACUCUCAAAGAACGGCUGCAUUGUUGGAGCAUGCAGUAGUUGCAUGUAGCUUCAGUAGCCCCACGACAGAACAAAAUUAGUGACCUAGAUUCAACUAGAGAUGCUACUAAAUGUUGCUAGAAGGUGUAUAGAAAUCUGUCAGUUGUCUAUGCUAACAAUAGAUAGCAAGCGCUGGAGCUAAUUCUCGCUUACGGGGGCGCUUCAAACCUACAGCAAAACUUCUGCACGGACUUUACACAGAGUUAAAGAAAUUCACGCCAAUAUCGCCAAAAUGGAGACUCACGAUGGGGCAGCGGCAGCGGGCGACAGCGUGCUCGACUUCUCCCGUUUGAGUUUGACCACUUUAAGCCUCGACAGCAUGAGCGACGAGAGGAAAAGGGACACCAGGCAGCUGUAUCUGAACUACAACCGACUAAACCUGCUGCCGUCGUCGGUCAGCGUUUUCUGCAACCUCGAGUUUUUGGACAUCAGCAACAACGGACUGACGGCCAUCUGCGAGGGCAUAACGCGACUGGGCAAGCUGAAAACGCUGCUAGCAAAGAACAACCGACUGGACGAGUUCUCGCUGCCUAAAGAGUUCGGCUCUCUGCAGCUGGAGGUGUUGAACUUUAGCGGGAACAGAUUCGAGGAGAUCCCGCUCCAGUGUACGAAGUUGCGGCGCCUGCAGUCGCUGUCACUCGGCGGAAACAGACUGAAAAGUAUACCUGCAGAGAUAGAAGACCUAACCAGUUUGGAGUUGUUGUAUCUGGGUGGAAACCUCAUCUCAGCAAUUCCUCCUGAAGUAGCGAACCUGCCUUACCUCAGCUACCUGGUCCUGUGUGACAACCGCAUCCAAAGUGUCCCACCGCAGCUCACCAGGCUCCACUCGCUGCGAUCUUUAAGUCUCCACAACAACUUGCUCACCUACCUGCCGAGAGAGAUCCUCAGCCUGGUGCACCUGCAGGAGCUGAGUCUCAGAGGCAACCCGCUGGUGGUGCGCUUCGUCAAGGAGAUGACUUACGACCCUCCGUCGCUGCUAGAGCUGGCAGGACGUACCAUCAAGAGCCGGAAUAUUCCUUACUACCCUCGCGACCUGCCCUCGAACCUGCUGCUCUACCUGGACUUGGCCAGCAAGUGUCCCAACCCCAAGUGUGCCGGUGUGUAUUUCGAUUCAUGCGUGCGCCAGAUCAAAUUUGUGGACUUCUGUGGAAAGUACCGGCUGCCCCUCAUGCACUACCUGUGCUCCCCCGAGUGCACCUCUCCCUGCAGCUCCAACCCCCAGAGCGAUGCCGAGUCUGAGGACGAGAGCAGCGUUCCCGCCGACCGCCUUCAGAGAGUGCUUCUGGGAUAACACGACGCGGAGGAGAAACCUCUGACCCCGUGGCCAAGCGAAGUCUUGUCAGUCUCUCACUGUAUUCCAUAAUUCUACAGAGUGGAGCUUGCUUCAGACUUUACCAGAUGUACAUACUCACACACAGCCACACACACACAUACGUGUUCUUGUUCAUAACUAAACGCACAGAAUAUGAGACAGCCUACUGUGGCUCUGAUGAUAUGUUUAAUCCAAUUUGGGAAUUUUUUUGAGGGAAGAAUUCUUCAUUCAGUCUCACCAAACGUCGUUCUUGAAAAAGCCACAUUUGCCAGUCUUGGCUUUAUAAACAUGCUCGUCUCACGUUCGAGCACAGGAGGGCAGUAAAGCUCCUGUUUGGACUGUGAAAGCUGAAGGAGCAGCUGGAUUCUUUCUCUUUUCAGGGCAGCAUACUUUAUCUUAAAUGCGACACUUUAUGCUUUUUAGUAGCUACAGCGCACACUAUUCUGCAUUUUCAGUUUGGAUAUAAAAUUUUAAAAAAGUUGUUUAUUUCCAGCUGUUUCAUGCCAGCUCUCAUCAGAAUUUCCAAGAAGGCAUCAAAGCAGAUAUCCUAGCUUAGAAAAAGCCUGUGGGAUUGUUUUGAAACGUGUGCCAGCAGAAACUUUGAAAGUUGUUUUGAACUACAGUAAACUCUCAGUUGAUUGAUGUGUGAGGUGGACCUAUUUACACUGUAUUGGUAGUUGGCCUGUCCCACACAAAAUUAAAAGAGCAAGGUGGCAAUCUUUUAUCAGUGUUUUUGUCAGCGCAGUGGUCAUGGCACACCACCCUUGAAAAAGCGUUGGCGUGAUGGCUUAGUUGUUUUAAAUGAACUCAGAAUAAGGGCUGUGUAUGUGGAAGAAUGCUUGUCCAGGCUUACUCACAGGAAGUGGACGUGGGGCGGACCAGGGAAAACCACUUACUGUGUUAGCACAGAAACAAUAGGUAUUCAGCACAACACAGUGGCAGCCUUUAUGUUUAUGUUCAGAGCUGUGAGUUUUCUCUGUGCAUAAACAUACACAUGUAUGUGAAUGAAGCCCACAGUCAGACGGCUUUGCAGGCUCCGAGCUGAUUCUUUUUAGGGACAGAAAGCAGGAGAUGCUGUUCCUGGUUACAUCUCGGCUUCGUCUUUCUGCUUCUGCGGAAAGACGGGUGAUUUUAUAGCAUCCCAGGUAAUUUGUGUCCAUUAGUGAGGAGGAGAAAUCCUCCCUGGCUUCACAUUAGACCUUAAAUGUUUAGAAAACAGAAGAACAUUCUUUUAUGUUACAGUAGCACCUACACUGCAGCAGUUGCUAAGUGCCUUACUAAUGGUGACUUCUAACACAUUAAAACAAGUAUGUAUCGGUAUGAGGGGGGAAAAAAUGUGACAUAUGCACCCUGAAAUGUGACAAAUCUAACAUUAUGAAUUACAAAGUCCUUGUUAACUGAUUUUUUGUACUCAUCAGCUUAACCACAGUAAAGAGGAAAAAUAACCUUUUAUAAUAAAGUGAACUGCUUUUAUACAAAUCUUUUUUUUCAAAUGUUAAAUAUGCUACAUUUAUAAAUGACCUGCAGAAUAGAUUGCACUUAAGCAGAAAUUAUAUAUUGAGAUAUAUUAAUUAUAUGUACUUUUACCCUAUUCAGAAGUAGAAUGUAUAAUAUACAAUUACAAUAAUAAAGACUGGUUGUAAUAUC